AUGGCAUCACAGCCAUGCAGUUCACUGGCACGUCUUCACGUAUAUUGGCCAAACAUCGACAAAGACAUAUUAACUUUCUCAAAAAGGUGUAGUCUAUGUCAGCAGUCCAGAAGCAACACGAACGAAGCUCCGGUGUUUCCGUGGGGAAUACCAGUGGAGCCUUGGCACAGGUUACAUGUAGACUACGCGGGGCCAUUCUUAGGUCACAUGUGGUUAAUAGUUAUAGAUGCCUAUACGAAGUGGCUAGAGGUUGUGCCAAUGAACGUUACAACAACGAGGGCAACAGUGCAGAGAUUAAAGAACAUAUUUGCUACAUUUGAAACACCAAGAUAUAUCGUAAGUGAUAACGGGCCACAAUUCACUUCAAAAGAUUUUAACCAUUUUUGCCAAGUAUCAGGCAUUACGCACAUUAAAACAACGCCCUAUCAUCGAAAAACGAACGGAUUGGCGGAGCGCGCAGUGCGCACGUUUAAGGAGCGAAUGCUAGCCAGUGACAGAAGCCUUGACCUCCAGGAACGCCUUAACAGCUUCCUUCUAGGAUACCGCACUACCCCACGACGCUCAACAGAUCGGUCGCUCUACGAAAUGAUGUUCGGAAGGCCAUUACGCACUACUUUCGACCCAAAGCCUGACGUAAGAGAGAACAUGGAAAAGGCACGCCUCAAACAGAUACUGAGACCUACCAACAAAGUAGUUAUGCCUCCGGUAUAUAAACCUGGCGAUGAGAGUGGCGACCAUGGCGAACAACCGGCCCCAGUAGCGCCCAACCGGGAUCACCCAGACGGUCCCAUGCCCCCACCGGCACCUGUGGCCUCCACCAGCAGGGAUACAGGCGGAGGAGCAGCUGAGCCGCCUGCGCCAUCCCCACCAUCUGCUCAGCCAGAUCCACCCUCGCCGCGCCGGUCGGGACGGAAGACGAAACCACCGUCACGUUUUGGCUUUUGGGGAUUAUAG